CUUUCCGAACCGGAAGUCAGACGGUGGACCUGCGGCAGGUCGGGUCCGGAUCUUUGAGUCAUGGUGUUCGAGUCCCUGGUCAGCGACCUGCUCAACAGGUUCAUCGGGGACUAUGUGGAGAACCUGGACAAGUCUCAGCUGAAGAUCGGGAUCUGGGGAGGAAACGUUGUUCUGGAGAACCUGAGAGUGAAGGAGAACGCUCUGAGUGAGUUCGAUGUUCCGUUCAAAGUGAAGGCUGGACAGAUCGGGAAGUUGACACUGAAGAUUCCCUGGAAGAACCUUUACAACGAUGCUGUGGUCGCCACGUUGGACGGUCUGUACCUGCUCGUUGUUCCUGGAGCCACUGGAUCUCAGCUGGAAUCGUGUCCGUAUGCAAUUAAGUUCGAUGCCGCAAAGGAGGAGCAUUACCAGCAGGAGGCGAAGCAGCGAGAGCUGCAGCGCAUCGAGGAGGCGUUACAGAUGGCUGCACGCAGAAAAUCUCAGACUGGAGAUCUGCUCUUCAGUCUGGAGAGUGUUGUUUACAAGGAGCCUCAGAACGUCCCAAAAGGAGGUAAAAAGCAUAAAAAGCACAAAAAAGGUUUGAAGAAGCUGAAAGGACUCGACAACAAAUCAGAAAAACCUCAGGAGGAGAAAAAAGACACGCUGAAGGAAAAACUGGCGACUCAGGUUAUUAAAAACUUGCAGGUGAAGAUCAGCAGCAUCCACCUGCGCUUUGAGGACGAUCUGUCUGACCCAGAGCGCCCCCUGUCUAUGGGAGUGACACUGUCUGAGCUCAGCCUGCAGACGACUGAUGAGAGCUGGAAGUCGUGUAUCCUUAACGAAGCAGCAAAGAUCAUCUACAAGCUCGGGCGACUCGAGUGUCUCUGUGCCUACUGGAACGUCAACAGUCAGAUGUUUUACAAAAGAUCAUGGGAGGACAUUGUGGAUCAGUUGAAGUCUGGGAUCAGCAGCUCAGACCAGCAGCUUCCUCACUAUCAGUACAUUUUCAAGCCGAUCUUUGCUUCGGCUAAAAUGUGCAUCAACCCAAACGCUGAGCUGGAACUGAAAAGUCCAAAAGCAAAGCUUCACCUGGAAGUUCAGAACAUCGCCCUCGAGAUGACCAAACCACAGUACCUGACCAUGGUGGAGCUGCUGGAGUCCAUCAACUGUAUGGUGAAGAACGCCCCCUACAGGAAGUUCAGGCCUGAAGUAUCUGUUCACAGAAACACCAAACUCUGGUGGAGGUACGUCCUCAACAGCAUCCUGGAGGUCCACAUCCGACGCUACAGUCACAUGUGGUCCUGGACCAACAUCAGACGACACCGAGAGAACCUGAAGGCGUACAAGUCCGUCUACAAGACCAAACUGAGCCAGAGCAAGUCGAGUCCGGACACAGAGCGACGCAUCCAGGAGCUGGAGAAAGUUCUGGACGUGUUCAACAUCACUUUGGCUCGACAGCAGGCUCAGAUGGAGGUCAUCAGGUCUGGACAGAAGGUGCUGGCGAAGAAAGCAGCGGGGGGGCAGAAGCAGGGGGGAGGUUUCUUCAGCAGCUUGUUUGGGAGAAAGCCUAAAAAGGAGGAACAGGAGCAGGAGGAGAGCAAGGAGACAGAGAGUUCUGGACUCGACGAACUCAUGACGGCUGACGAGAAGGAGAAACUCUACACCGCCAUCGGAUACAGCGGCAGCUCUCACAGCCUGACGUUACCCAAACAGUACGUAGCCGUGGUCGUCAGCUUCCAGCUGUUGAGGACCUCGGUGACUCUCAGAGAGCUGCCGGACGUCCCAGAGAUCCUCAAGAUCCAGAUGAUCGACCUCAGCACCAAAAUAUCCCAGAGACCCGGAGCUCAGGCCAUCAGGGUGGAGGCGGCACUGGAGCACUGGUAUGUUACUGGUUUGCAGCAGCAGGGGGCAGUACCCUCUCUGAUCGCCUCAGUAGGAGACUCCUCCUCGUCUCUGCUCAACGUUCUGUUCGAGUUAAACCCAGAGGAGAGCACCGCCGACCAGCUUCUCAGAGUCCAGUCACAGCCGGUGGAGAUCAUCUACGACGCGCUGACAGUUAACAGCAUGGUGGAGUUCUUUCAGACGGGGAAAGGCAUCGACCUCGAGGUCCUGACCUCAGCCACUCUCUCAAAGUUGGAGGAGAUCAAGGAGAAAACAGCGACAGGUUUGUCUCACAUCAUUGAGAACAGAAAAGUUCUGGACCUGAGGAUUGACCUGAAGCCGUCCUACCUGCUGAUACCAAAGUCCGGCUUCUACAGCGACGAGUCGGACCUCAUCAUCGUGGACUUUGGCAGCUUACAGUUGAACAGUGUGGAUCAGAGCAGCUUUAGCUCGUCUUCAUCGUCCUUCCCGUCUCUAGAGGAUAUCAUGGAUCGAGCCUAUGAGAGAUUCAACGUGGAGCUGAGACGAGUCCAGGUCCUGUACAGCAAGUCAGGUGAGGGUUGGAAGUCGGCUCGUCUUCAGGGUUCAUCACUUCAACACAUCCUCCAACCGAUGGACUUCACCCUCCACCUGGCAAAGUGCAUGGUGGCCAAAGACGCCCGGAUGCCCAG